AUGCCACGUAAACCGGGCUCCUCCUGGAGGGCCGAGAGACCGCGGUCAGACGUUACAGCAAGGCGAGAAUCGCCCAUACAGACCGUCAUCGAGCCAGACUACGGCAACGGCGACUCGUACCGUCCCAAGCACAAUGGCCACACGCACGCCAAAUCCCAGGAGCGGCAUCCACAUCCCUACGACCGCAAUCGCAUCUCCAAACCCAACAACCACAGCAAAUCCUCCCGCAAAAAGAACCCAUCCACCCGCAUAAAAUCCCUUCAAAAACAACUCGACCGCGCCUCCACCUCCACCAUGCCCGCCAACAUCCUCGCCGAGAAGGAGCGCGAGCUCGCCUUUCUCCUAUCCGACCGACAGCAAUCGCAGCUUGGACCUGUAGAGCUGCGAAGCAAGGCCGACUACAACAAAAUCGUUGGACGAUACCACAAGAUACGCUUCUUCGAGCGGCGGAAAGCAGAGCGGAAUCUGCGGCGGCUGAGAAAGGCUAAGGAGCGUUCUGAGGAUGGGAACGUUUUGGAGGGGGAGAUACUGCCUACGACGGAUGAGCUACGGCGCGCAGAGGUUGAUUUGGUCUAUACAUUGUAUGCGCCGCUGGAUCAGAAGUAUGUUGCGGUGUUCCCGAAGGAUCUGUCAGAGGCAUGGAGAGGCAAGAGCGGGAAAGCGAAGCCACGACGUUCAGAGGCGCAGAAGACAGAAGCUGACGGUACAAUCGUGACAAUCAAUGACCCCAGCGGCAGGUUUCGGCCCGCACAUUGGCAGACCAUCGCUGAGAUCGUUCACCCUGGUAACUUCCGCUACGGAGAGGCUAUAGUCGAAGAGGCAGACGGAGAAGACAGCGUAAUGACGCAGGACACGACCACAAUACCACAAGGCAAUGAUUCCUACUCUUCCGUGGAGCUGACAGAUGCGCAAUUAUCCGAUCUAGAAGCACUACGCUAUGGCAGGUUUUCGUCAGCCAAUGGAGCUACGGCAUCAGGUCCUAACGCCGACAAUGUCCUGACGCAUCGUGCUAAGCAAAGGAGGGCCGCCGCGUCCGAUGAUCACGACGGAGGAGGCAGAUCUAGCAGUAAGCCAAGAAAGAAGCCAGCCUGGCAGAGUGAGACCGAUGAAGCCAUCGACCGAAUGGAUGCAGACACAUCUGAGGAUGAGGACGAAGGCGGCAUGGGCAUACAGGAGCCAACGAAACCGGUUGGCCGAAGCAGGAAGCGGCCGCAAAGUGCUCACAGACCUGUCCGAGAUGAUGACGGCGAUGGCGAUGAAAGUGAUGGAGACGGCGGUUUCUUCGAGCGCUGA